AACAGUCGUCAGCUACCCGGUUAGAUGUACCUUGGUUUCUGAUGCGUAGCUUACUAUACCAACAAAGUUAAUAUCUCAGGAUAACUUAAACUGACAAUUUUAUUCGAUCUAAAAUACUAUUUUAGACAACUGCAUGUCUUGGACUUAAUAGUCAUUUUAUCCUAUAUGACGUUUUACUAACUCUUAAUAACGUAAUUCCCUGCGCGCUGUAAAUAUUCCAACGAGAGAAUAUUUAGGAGAAUGUUGUUUCAUCAGUGUCUGCAUGGUAUUCAUCACACACAAGGUCGGUAACGUAAAUCUCAUGAUAAAUUCAGAGACGUGAAAGUACAGAUUAUUCUGCUUCUGGAAUAAUUUUCUUGCCACAUUGAAAAUCGCAAUGGACCUUUUGGGAUUGUACCUGUUUCAGCUCGUCUUUGUUGCCCUGCAGGAGGCCCUGUCUGCUGGGACGGACUGCCUGCUGGCGGGGGACUCCUGCUCCAGUGACGAGACGUGCAGCCCACGCCUGCGCACGCUACGCCAGUGUGUGGCCGGCAACGGCAGCAUGAAGCUGGGCCCCGGCGCCCGCAGCCAGUGUGCCAACGCUGUGUCAGCGCUGCUCUCGAGCCCGCUGCAUGGCUGCCAGUGCCGACGGGGCAUGAAGAAGGAGAAGAACUGCCUGAGCAUCUACUGGAGUCUCCAUCAGUCGGGCAUUCACGGACUCAACCUGGUGGAGAGCUAUCCCUACGAGGCCGUGCAGAAGGGUUAUGACUAUGUGCGCCUGGCGUCCAUCGCUGCAGAUUCCGAGGUCGGCAUGGUGGCGGUGAACCGCUGCCUGGAUGCGGCCAAGGCGUGCAACGUGGACGACGUGUGCCAGCGGCUGCGCACCGAGUAUGUAUCGGCCUGCAUCAAGCCCUCGUCGCGCUCAGGCCUCUGCAACAAGCCCAAGUGCCACAAGGCGCUGCGGCGCUUCUUCGACCGCGUGCCCGCCGAGUACACGCACCGGCUGCUCUUCUGCCCGUGCAGCGACACGGCGUGCGCAGAGCGCCGCCGCCAGACCGUCGUGCCCAGCUGCUCCUACGAAGGCGAGGAGAGGCCCAACUGUCUGGCGCAGAUGAGGGCCUGCAACGCCGAUUAUGUCUGCAGGUCCCGCUUGGCCCAGUUCCAGUACGACUGCCAGCCGGACGAGCAGUCCGCCAGCGGCUGCAAGCAGGGGAGUCACGCGGCCUGUCUCAUCGCCUACACCGGACUGAUCGGGAGCCCGGUGACGCCCAACUACGUGGACAACUCCACGUCCAGUGUGGCCCCAUGGUGCACCUGUGCGUCCAGCGGAAACCAGAAGGAGGAGUGCGCACGCUUCCUAGGCUUUUUCACCAACAACAUCUGCCUGAGUAAUGCUCUUCACACUUUCGAGAAUGGCAUGGACCCGACGCCGACCCCGAGUCAGCCAGGACAGCCCAGCCACGUCACCAGCUGGUCAGACUAUGGCACCACUCCGGCAUUUGUUUCCAUGGAAACCGAAGAGAAUUUAAUGAGUCCACUGAUACCCACACAGGCCACCCUGAAUGACAGGCUCUGGGGUGACACCACAGGUCCCUCCAGCACCCAGCCCAAGUCUGCCAGCCCCCUGCCCCCUGCCCUCUCCCCACCCCUCCCCCCCUGGAGUCUCCUCCUCCUCCUGCUGCUCUUCUGCUACGAUCAGUGAAGGAUGUCAUGGACGCCUGAUACAUUUACACACACACAGCGGGCUGGGCUCUGUACAACAAACAAACAAACAAACAAACAAACAAACAUAAAACAACUGAAAGGACCUUCUGUAGAGGACUGGCCACAGGGGCACAGGCAAAGUCAUUGUGUUACAUUUUUGUUCCUGUGGACCAGCUGAUCUCGAACCUCACUGAAGAGUUUCGGACAUUGACGUCGUGGCAAACGGGCACUUUUUAUAAAGGACGAUGUAUAGUUAAAUUGAGAUGUGAACAUGGAUGAGGAGGCCAUUUGCAUCACGGUGUAUAUAUGUACAGUACAAUGCUGUCACGUAGCCAUGAGAAACGUUUAAUGUAUGUGAAUAUUCCCUGGUUUCAGAAUCAUCCGAAUUCAUCAUUGUGUCCACUGCAAAGGAAACUGCCUUUAGAAGCAUGGAAACGGAAUAGGUUUCUAUUAAGGCCUGUAUAACUAGACAGACAGAGGUACAAAAAUCAAUGGAAGAUGGCCAGGCCGUGCUGAUACCCUCUGCCUAAGGCUUCUCAUGCAUCACUUAAACUGCUUGGAAAAGGACCCCUGAGGAAAUGGAGAUUUAAUAUCAUUCAGUUCAGCUUGACUGAGGAGGAGGAGGAUGAGCAGGGGGAGUGGGUUAUUUUGGAUCAAUAGCAAAUGGUGAAGUCGUUGAGUCGGAGGUGAACAAAAUGGCUCUCCAAAACUCAUUUCAGAGAGGCGAACACGUGCCAACGUUGUGAUCAUUCCAAGUGCACCUCUGGAGAGCUGGGAAUACCACAUGCUAUCUAUGUUCCAGGGACCAGGAUGGGGUUUGGGUUUGGACCAUUGACUUCACCUUUCAAAAGCUAACGUCUGGUGUGCUCAUUCUCUCCAAAAAGACAUCUCGCAUCCAAAGGACAUUGACCAAGCAGAAGCGUUCUUGGUUCUCCUUCAAUCAGCUCUUUCUCAGUCGCCAACUUUGUCAUUUGCCAACUGUGGGAUUGGUGUAAGUGGCCGUGAUGGGCGGUGGUUUGGACAUGGCGUCCAGGGCUGUGGGCGAGGCACCGCGCCGGCCGGGGCCUAACAGGGAUGCUCUGUUCUUGUUUGUGAUGUGAUGUUGCAUCCACUGACAGGAUGGCUGUGGGUUCUUAUUUUGCUCAAUUCAUUUCGAUCACUGCCAAUAAAAGCUGUUGGUUCA